AUGGCACCCAUUACAUCCCCACAUGCUUCAACGCCUCGCGUAUUGCAUGUCUCGAACCUAACACGCAACGCGAUCACCAUCGCCCUUCGCGCGCUGCUUCCAACAUCCUCGUCGCCGUCUUCGGCGCGCGCCGUGGCGCUCGGUGGCCUACUUUUACCGGCGUCGAGUAGUCCAGACAAGGUCGGCACUGAACCUCUAUUUCCCGAUGAGAGCGAGAUCGUCGUACCCGCCAAGUCCUUGCGUAUUCUGACACACUCAAAACUCGUCGCCAAGUCUCUUCAAGUCGCACUGUUUCCCUCGGAUGACGAAUUCUCGCCCAGAGACAAUACCGAACAAGACAGUUCAGCUUUGAGGAUCCCGCAUCGAGGCCAGGCCAUCAACUUGAAAUGGGGCAGGUGGGGACCGAGAUCGCGAUUACUAAAGAGAUCUGCCGAGGAUAAGUGGUUGGUCUAUCAAAGUGUAAGCUGCAUUUGAUCUCGGCUCUUCCCCAGCUCUGAAGGUAUUGACUAGCAUACCCUUCGACCCUCUCAUCAGCGCCUGUCCAAGCACGAACACCUUCUCACCAUUGUCGAUCGUUUCCCAACUUCUUCAUGGAUGUCGCUUGUUCCCGACGAGGCGCAUCUUUGCUCGCUCUACCUUCCCGGAACCCACCAAUCCCUGGCUUUCUACGGUGGUCCCAUCUCGACUUGUCAAUCCCGCUCCCAUCCCUUGACCGAUUCCCUCGAGAAUGGAUGUCGAUUCAUCGAUUUCCGAUUCAAGCUAACCAAGGAAAGUACGUUGGUCGCUUUCCACGGCAUCCAGAAUCAAGUCACGACUGCGAUCGAAGCGUUCGACAUCCUGUACGCUUUCAUCCAACGACAUCCGGCCGAAACGAUCAUUGUCUCAGUUAAGCAGGAGAACAGGGCUAGAGGUUUUGCGAACGUGUUGAUGGACUUGCUGUAUCAGAGAACGGAUCUUUGGUACACUAACGAUCGGUGGCCUACGAUGGGAGAGGCGAGGGGACGAUUGGUCUUGUUUUGUCGGUUCGACUUCAAUCAUGAGAGUGAGUUGGCAUUGUGACUCCGUGGAGCGCCGUCUACAGUCGAGCUGAUGAAUCGACUUUUUUUGGCACCGAGAAGAAGGACUUCAUCCCAUCCGAUGGCCUCACAACUUGGACAGACCUUUCCUCACGCCCAUCUCGGAUCCUUUCCCACCGCUGGAAGCGACAUACCAGCCCACCGCUGUGAUCCAGGAUUGGUACUCGAUUGGAUCAUUCCUCAAGAUACCCGAAAAGACGAGAUUGGUCAUGACCAUGUUCCACUAUCGAAACCGACCCAGCGAUGACAAGAGCUCAAAGUCGCCGGAGCGGCGACGCUCAUCGCAUUCUUCGUCAACGCCAGAGCCUCGCACGUUGAAUUACCUCCCUCCGGGUCAUCACGACGCCCUCACGCGCAUCUCUUUCCUCUCCGCCUCCUCCCUCUUCACCGCCUUCCCAUCGAUAGUAGCCAAGGGUUUCGGCUUUGGUCCUUCGAACUGGUUCGGAUUCCAAGGCGUCAACGCCCGCGUUCUAGACCAGAUGUUGAGGAGGGGAUUGGAGGACGACUGGAAGUCUCCGACCGGGGAGAGUAUGGGAAUGAUCUGGCUCGUCGACUUUUGGGAGGCUCCUUUGGGAUUGAUCGAGUUGAUGGUCGCUUGGAAUGGGCUCUGA